UCCUAAGAAGUUUGCACGCAAAGAAGGCGGUGCUAAGCGAGGAACACUGACAUACCAGAGAUAUCUGCCAUUAUUAGCGACACCUAAAACAACUGACCACAGCUACGUUCGGCCGAAUGAAAAGAAGCAACUGUCGACAAGCAAGGAAAACCAAAGCAGAGAAGACGAAUGCACUGACAAUGCUGACACACGCAGUAUAGCCGAGCCUGAUCCUUGUUCAUCUAUCACAGUCAGCAAUGGAAAAGAUCUCGAGAUUAGAAGGUGGCGGAGAAAGAACAAAUUACUUGAGAAAAGAAUGGAAAUGUUGCAGAAAAAUCUGGCUAGUAUAUUCAAUGCUGACCAGGUGGAAGCACUCGGGCUGCAGCAGGGAUGCACGAGCGUGAAGUGGUCGCCGGAGACGAUCCGCAGCUCCGUCGAGAUGCGUGCGAUGGUCGGCGCCGACGGCUACGAGUACCUGCGCAAGCGCAACUUCCCGCUGCCGUCCUACCGCACGCUGUGCACGCGCCUGAAGCACGUCGGCGAGGCGAAGCCCGGCCUGCAGCACAUCAUCGUCGACUGGAACGGCGAGGACAUCGAGCUGGUGAUCCCCGAGGAGCACGCAGCGGCGAUCGCGCUCGAGGACGAUAUGCAGCUGAUGGACGCUGUCCAGCUAGAUUCCACGGUGUGACAAGACGGGGCGCGGGAUGGGAAGUGCUAGACGUGAAGUGCGGAGCAGGAAGUGCCAGACGUGAAGUGCUGAACGGGAGGUGCGGGGGUGGGGUUGUCAUGGAAUUAUGUGUGUAUAAAGAAAAAUGUUUAACUAUAGAGUAUGACGUGACUGUUUCAUUGGACGUAGUAGCUAUGGAUACGUUUACGCAGUCAUGCUUUCACAGGCUGAUUACUCGUGCAAAUAGACUGUAAUUCAACUCGUGAGUUGUUGAAUGAAAUUGGGCUAUACGUGACAUGUUAAAUUCUCGCAAUUUAUUUUGGUACUGACAUUCCACAAGGCCCGUAAUUUCUCAAUUAAAAUUAAAUGUCCCAUUUACUCGUCUGCGCUCUUCCAACUAUCAUGGUCAUACCGUGAGACAAAACCAUGUAUCGCAAAAUAACCAACGUUAAAUUCAAUUUAGCAACUAUUCCCCCAACAGAGGGCAGCAGUGAGCAGACAAGAAAUUAUCUGGUUACAUUGAUAUCACAUCAUACAUACGUAUCAGGAGUAGAUAAUAGGGAGGAGUGUGACAUCAAUAAACAAGGGAAAU